GCAACCACCCGCACUCCGACGAGAGCCAAAACCUCCGAGCGAGCUCCCACAGCGACGAGCUCCCUCUGGCCUCUGCUGCUAGGUCGCCUCCGCCUCCGCCUCGCAAGGACCCGGCAAGGUAGCCAGCGAGCAAUCGAACGCGCACUCGGACGUUAAGCGAGAGAUGGGGCGCGCUCCGUGCUGCGAGAGGAUGGGGCUCAAGAGGGGGCCCUGGACGCCGGAGGAGGACAGGAUCCUGGUGGCGCACAUCGAGCGCCACGGCCACAGCAACUGGCGCGCGCUGCCCAAGCAGGCGGGCCUGCUGCGCUGCGGCAAGAGCUGCCGCCUGCGCUGGAUCAACUACCUGCGCCCGGACAUAAAGCGCGGCAACUUCACCCGCGAGGAGGAGGACGCCAUCAUCCACCUCCACCACAUGCUCGGCAACAGGUGGUCGGCGAUCGCUGCCAGGCUGCCGGGGAGGACGGACAACGAGAUCAAGAACGUGUGGCACACGCACCUCAAGAAGCGCCUCGAGCCCAAGCCAGCCAGCCAGCAGCAGGCGGCGCCCAAGCGCAAGCCCACCAAGAAGCAGCAGCAGCAGCAGCACCAGCAGCCUGAUGUGGAGGUCGUGGUGCUCGACGGUCCGACCAGCACGGUGCCCGUGUCGCCGGAGCAGUCGCUCUCCACGUCCACCACCACCUCCACCGACUGCUCGGCGGCCUCGUCGCUGGACAACAACGCGGACAGCUUCACCUUGGAGGAGGACUACCAUAUCGAGGACAGCUUCUGGUCCGAGACGCUGGCGAUGGCGAUGGACAGCUCCGGCGACUAUUAUUCUUCCGGGAUGGAGAGGGAGGACGCCCCCGCCGCGCCGCCGGCCAACGACGACGAGAUGGACUUCUGGCUCAAGCUGCUCAUGCAGGCCAGCGACAUGCAGAAUAAUCUGCCCCAGAUUUAGGCGGCGUGCUAGCUAGAUGGUCCCCUUGAGAUCUGCUGAUCAUAUUCUUUGCCUCACAAUUCUUUGAAUCUUUGUCCUGCUCCGUUUCGGUGGUGUACAUCCGACUGAAAGCUUGGGAAGCGAAAAGCAAUUGCUUGAUCA